AUGCCUGCGCUUUCCUUCUUAUCAUUGCCCCAGCAGCAGCGCGGCAGCUAUCUGAAGGCCAACCGAAUCGGCCUUCUUGCUUCCUUCGCUGUGGUAUAUUACCGCAUGAGCCCAGUCGGCCACAAGCCUACCAAGUGA